AUGUUGCAAUUUGGGCAUAGAUCCUCCACACUCGUCCUACGGCCAGAUUUGGUGCUGUGCGACUGUCCCGGCCUUGUAAUGCCUUCACUUGUGCAUUCUCGGGCUGAACUUAUUGUUGCUGGUAUCCUUCCGAUCGAUGAGAUGCGAGAUUAUCUCUCUCCAAUACAACUUGUUAGUACAGAUCCCAUUUAUUUCGUAUUCAUACAAAUAUAUUUUCUGGGUCUUUCGGCCAAUGUGAUUGCCUACAUCAUCUAA